AUGAUUUCAAUUGCAGAGAAAUCCGGAACAAGGAUUGUUGGAGGAAAUAUUGUAAAAUCACCUUUACCCUGGAUGGUAUUAAUAACAUUUAUGAAUAUGGGUUGCGGAGGAUCACUCAUAAAUUCAAGAUUUGUCCUAACUGCAGCCCACUGUGCAUGUACAAGUAAACCAGCAAAUUUUUAUUGUUCAAGGUAUAUGGGAGAAAUAGAAGAAGCUGUUCCAAUUAUGAUUAAGGAUAUGAAGUAUGCACAAGAGAACACUAAAAUAUAUAUCGGAGCGACAGCACCAAACAAGAAAACAGGAUUACCCUGGACUUCAGAAGAAUUAACAGUAUCAAUGAUGGCGGAUGCUGUAGAAGCUGGUUUGGUUUACAGACCGGAUAUGCUCUGGAUACAUCCUGAUCUGAGUACAUCAGAUAGGUUCGAGGUUUCUCCGGAUAUAAUACUCAUUAGGUUAGAAAAGGCAGUGGCAUCGUUUACUGACAGUGUCCGACCAGUCUGCCUGGCAGUUCCGGAUUUCAUCGACUAUCCUCCCUGUCCGGAUGUUUCAUUGGAUAGGGUUGCCAGAGCUAGAGAAGCGGGACAGGUUAAGGGUAAAAUGUUGGGUGGGUGUGGAAUAGUCGCUGGAUGGGGAGCAAGGUUUGACUACCAAAAAUCCGGCGAGGUUUGUUCCACAGCUCCGAAUACAUUCUUCCCUGGUCGAGCCAAGGUGUGUGAGAACUCCUGGUCCCUGGAGGGUAGGAAUGUUCAUGAAUGCGCACUCAAGAAACCUCUUCCUACAGACUUUGAAACCUCUUGCAGGGAGUUUAUGCAGGAAAUAAAUUACCAAAAUGCAAUAUACAGCCCUCAAUGGUCUCUCGGAGAUUUCGAUAAUAUCGCUAACAUUGCUCCAGUGAAAAUCAUCGAGAUUAAUCGACGUGGAAACAAGACCUACACCUGCAGUACUACUGAUAUACAGGCUGUGGAGCGUGUGUAUAAGGCUGAGAACCCAGACCCAAACUCCAGGUUCCCUGGGUGGUGUGCUACAGAUACUGACGUGUUUGGUAAGGUGAAGGAGGUUGGUCUGUGUGCGGAUUCAUGUUUAUCCCAUGCAACAGAUAUUAACUUCGCAACCAUCAACCUACUCACUCAAGAUGAGUGCAUGUACAUCUUUAAUCUCUCAAUGUUUUUGAAUCCUGAUUCUCCUGAUCUUGGUUUCAAGUCUGAGCUUGAGAUGUGUGGGGGAAAAAAAACUUUCCUUCCAACUGAGCGAGGGGUGUUUGUCAAAUUAAGGAAGACAAGAGUAGAGAGAGAACAAGAUCGGCAACUUUUCUUGAAAUUCAGUGAACUUCUAACCGCCAAUAAGGAAUAUAUGAGACCGACCAAGUACAAGUAUAUAUUCCAAGGAAAUAAAAUGGAUCUGACAGGAUUACCUGACGAUUAUCCUUACAAUUGGUAUUUAGGAGGACGAGACAGUUGUCAGGGGGAUUCAGGAGGACCUCUCUUUAGAAAUAUUAAGGUGAACGGUAGGGUUAGAGUAACCCAGUUGGGAGUAGUGGCUCGGGGUUACGGGUGCGCGGAUUAUAAUAGGCCUGGAAUAUAUACAAGGGUGACUGGGAUUUAUGAUUGGUUGAAGAAAACAAUUUUGGAAAAUUCUGGAGGAACUCCAAUGUGUUAUUUAUAAAUAUUUUUAUUUCAAUAAAGAAUU